GUUACUCAUAUCUAUCUCCACUCUUACCAUUUCACCUACUACAAACAAAUUACAUUCAAUAUGCUUUUCUCAAGAGACUUUAUUAUGCUUUUGGCAUUCGCCGCCGUUGGCGCUGUCGCUGCACCUGUUGCAGAGCCUCAACCAGAAGCCAAAGCUGAUGCUUCUCCAGCGGACUAUGGCGACUACGGUGACUAUGGCGAUUACGGAAACUAUGGAACAUACGAGAAAUACCCAUCCUCUUCCUCCGUUACACCUACACCAACACCAACACCAACUGGAUAUGGUAGCUAUGCCAGCUACGGUACCUACAAGAACAAGAAAGUUAGAGAAGCCGCCCCAGAGCCUGCUCCAGUAGCAAAGCGUGAUGAUUAUGGAAACUAUGGAGACUAUGGUGACUACGGAAACUACGGCAACUACGAGAACUACCCUUCCGCUACCUCUUCUGCUACCUCUUCUGCCACCCCUUCAAGCUCCUCGUCAAGCUCUUCAUCAGCUACACCAACUCCAACUCCAACCGGUUACGGUUCAUACGCAAGCUACGGAGCAUACAAGAACAAGAAAGCACGUGCUCCAGAAGCCAACCCAGAAGACUAUGGAAACUACGGUGACUACGGUGAUUACGGCAACUACGAGAACUACACCCCUGCCUCCACCUCCUCCACAUCCACAUCCACCGUCACCCCAACUCCCACUCCUACCCCAACCGGCUACACAAACUACGGCUCCUACGGUACCUACGACAACUACAAGCGCGAAGCCGAUAACGUUCAAGCUUAAGCCGAUGAACUAUUUGACGAGUUUUAUUUUGUAAUUACUACACUCCUUUAUGACUGAAUGAUAUACGCCCCUUUUAAAUAAAUAAUGAUUAUUAUAAUGAUACGAUAUGGUAUGAAACUGCUCCUACAGCAAGCAUGGAUUUGGGAAAGAGAAAUGGGAAUAAGAGAAGAUGGGAGGAAGGAUCGGAUAUCAUAGUUUGAGCAAUCGAAAGAAACUUUUAUCCUUGACCUAUACUUUACUUUAUUUUAUUUUUAAUUUUUCCAUGGCCAGAAGGUGGUGAUUACUGUGAAUACUUCACUUACGUACA